CGUAAAUUUAGCUAACAUGGCUGUGUGAGAGAAGUUGCGUUUCAAGCUUGCCCAGCCCCCAGCCGGACACGCCCGUUUGGUCUCGUUGCGGACGCGUGCGUUUUAGAAAACUGCAUUGCUGUCAGCGUUAUUAUUUAAAGAGGUUUUUUUAAAUUAUAUAAAAAAAGAAAAGCAUAAUGUCGCACACUGUAGUAACUACGACCACCACGACAGUUUCUGACGGAGGAAUUAUGAAUCUGGGCUACACAAGAUCGCUGCAUGGGAUGCUGAGGAUUGCUCAAGUGGGAGUGCUGCUAAUCGCCUUCCUGUGCAUUCGCUGUGCACCGGGGUGGACGGACUACUCUGCCUACCGGUACUUCGAGGUGGUCACCCUGUGGUUCUUCUUCGCCCUACUCAUCUUCCUCAUAAUGUACAUCUUCGGGCUCCAGGGUAGAUUGGUCUGCAUUAACUGGACAUUAACGGAGUUCCUGCACUAUGUUGUAGGAGCUCUCCUCAUCUUCAUCGCCUCCAUAGUGGCAGCUGUGAUGAGUUAUGGGUACGCGUCGCUCGUGGCUGGAUCAGUCUUUGGGUUCAUCGCUACCUUCUUGAUGGCCAUCAGCAUAUGGACAUCAUACAAGGUCACAUGUGGGUCCCAGACAACCAGUGCAGAUGUGUAAAAGUAUUUCAGUGGUUUUAUUUUCUCCAAAGAUGACACCACAGUCUGUAUCUUUCUAAAACCAGACUGUCCUGCCUCCAGUCUCAAGCGACCAAUCAGAAGCAUGGAUCCACACUGGCCAGGACCAAUAAAAAUCCUCUAUGCACCAGUCACAGCCUAGAUGUUGUCACUGGUAAUUUCACAGAGUACAGAAUGACUAGAAUUCACUUCAGACAAAAUGUUUGCUGUUUCUUGACUUGGGCUUGUUUUCCUAAUUGGUUGGUGGGUUCAGUUUGAGUUU